AUGUUCCUCCCAAACCUCGCUGAUGAUCCUUGGAAGCCUCGCAGACACUCCUCUCAAACCUCCUUAGAUGUUCCUCCCAGACCUCGUGGAGUUAUUGGAAUUAAUCUGGAGUCUGCCGAGUACUGUGACGCUGCAGCUAUUGUUGGUAAAACCUUACCUCAGGUGAUAGUGCACCUGCACGAGGGUGGAUUCCCAGCAUAUGCGGCCGUUUCUUGUGCCCACUCUCGUACUGGUUUAUAUAUCACUCAUAUUGUUUCCAUCGAAAAACUCAACAAACGCAUCGCCGUCGAGCUUGCAUUUGAAGCUCGCCGCUUCCAAGCCUUAGAGCACAAUACUUUCAUACGUCUUGGCUUACGUGAUGGGGCCUGCGUUCCGGUGCCAGACGCAGAAGGCGACCAAUAUUUGGCAAAAGAGCCUAUUAAUGUGUCAUUCGACGCCGAACUCGGCCCAGGUUCUCGGGCAAAGCGAUGGAGAGAUGACCCCGAUAACGGCCUACAAGGCCAUCUCAUGGCACCAAACAACCACGAGCCACCGACAGUCUGUGAUUCGAACAAUAUUCAAGGCAGGGAGGUGGGCGACAUCACAGUUCAUGAAAUGCCUGAGAAGGCAGGCCCGUCUGCCGACGAGAAUGCGAGGCAUGACCUUUUGAUCAUUGAGCAAUUGAAAGAUAUUCUGCACAACGAGGGCCCCAUCAACCUUUUUAAUUUGAUCAUCAACCCAAAAGAUUUUGGGAAGUCCGUGAAAAAUCUGUAUUAUCUCUCAUUCUUGGUCCGAGAUGGACCCUGCGUCUUGCAUAUUGCCGAUAAUGGCGAGACCAUGGUGUCUGCUGAACCUUCUGCAGUCAAUGGGGCCGAGAUGGUUCCUGGCCGAGGACAGAACGUUCAGGCUAAAAUUUCAUCAUAA